GCGAAAACUGAAGUUUCGUCUGGUCUCUUUCCGUUUGGCGUUCCCCUCUUUCCCUUAUCCUUUCUGGGUUCGGUCUCUCCCUGCUCGGUCCGUUCAAACCCCCCUCCCCCCCCCCCCCCGGUCUCGACGUCCACCCGUUUUCCACGCUGCCGCUUUCUUGAUCUUCUGCUGCUUUUUCUUGCCGCGGCUUGGACCCAUCAUCGGCCUUCUGGAGUUCGUUCUUGCCAUUGUGCUGCUUGAUCUUGGGUCGUCUCGGCGAGAUCUGUUGGAAAUUGAGCAGGAGAGGUGUUCUUGGUGACUUCUCCUGGGGGAGAAUAUUAGUUGGGCAUUGCGUGCUUUCGGUGGCUUCCCUUGAGAUUGUGUUGGUGUCCACAGUCUUAACCCAGUUUCGUUUUCUUGAAGUUUUCCAAUCCCCCCAAGUGGCUAUAUUAGAUUCGGGCUCGUUCUUGUGAUUACGCAAUGUGCGGAUUUCCAGUGUCGGAGUCUCUUGGUUCUAUCACCUAUAUGCAUGGCGUUUAAUCCAAAUCUUGGUGCUUCAGGUUUCAUAUUUGUCGAUAUCUUGAGUCUGUCCCUGGCUACACCUAUGCAUAUAUUUCAUCUCUAUGCGGUGUUUCUCUGAUGCCCAUUCAGAAGUUUCGGAACAGAUUUCUUGAGGUAUUGGUGGUUGCAAAUGAAUAGAUAUUACCAAAUCUGACCUGCCUGUUGCCUCUUUUAUGUGUAUAGUGCUUUUGUAAAUAUAUAAGGUUUGUGUUAGACCAGAUUGUCCUGCACUUAUGAGCACUGCUAGCUAAACUGAGUUUCAGCUCUAAUCAUCGCUAGGAAGUUUCUACCCUCCUCUUGGGUUUCAAGGUUGAACUGCAGUACAACACAGGUCCUUCAGUAACUUAGCCUUCCCUAGUUAGAUUUAUGGCUUUUUCGAUAGAACCAUCAUCAUCUUUGAGCUUCACUUCAUCUUCCCAUUUGUCCAAUAACUCCGUCAGCAACAACCACCUAUCGGGUCCUUGUAGCUCUGAGACGGGGCAUAGCCUUGAAGUCAUCAGUCUUGGCAAACUCAGCUCUAGUUUGGAGAGGCUUCUUUCUGAUUCCACUCCCGAUUAUAGUGAUGCUGAUAUUGUUGUCGAAAACAUCUCGGUCGGUGUUCAUCGAUGCAUUUUGGCUGCCAGGAGUGACUUCUUCACUGACCUUUUCAAGCGAGAGAAGGGAUCCUGUGAGAAGGAGGGUAAACCAAAGUAUUACAUGGACAGUCUUUUGCCUUUUGGCAAGGUCGGACAUGAAGCCUUUCUGAUUUUCUUGAGCUAUGUGUACACGGGAAAGCUGAAGCGUUCUCCGGUGGAGGUUUCUACUUGCGUUGAUAAUACUUGUAACCAUGAUGCAUGUAGCCCAGCUAUCAAUUUUGCGGUGGAGCUGAUGUAUGCCUCGUAUGUCUUUCAGAUCCGGGAGCUGGUUUCCCUCCUCCAGCGACAUCUUGUUAACUUUGUUGGGAAGGCUCGAUCGGAAGACAUCAUCCCAAUCCUUACCGCUGCUUUCCACUGUGAAUUGAAUCAACUUGUGAUGCAAUGUGUUGAUAGAGUGGCUCGAUCUGAUCUUGACGACAUCUCUCUUGAGAAAGAGCUUCCCCAUAGGGUUGCAGAAGAGAUUAAAUUGCUGCGUCUCAAGUCUGAACCUAAAGAUGAAGCUAACUUGGAAAUUACAGACCCCUUGCAUGAGAAGAGAAUUAGGAGAAUUCACAAAGCCUUGGACUCCGAUGAUAUUGAGCUUGUUACGCUUCUCUUGAGCGAGUCCAAUAUCACCUUAGAUCAAGCCUACGGCUUACAUUAUGCUGCAGCUUACUGUGACGCCAAGGUCGUUUCUGAGUUGCUUGGUUUGGGCGUGGCUAAUGUCAACCUUCGAAACCGGAGGGGAUACACCGUGCUUCAUGUUGCUGCAAUGAGGAAGGAGCCUAAGAUAAUAGUCCCAUUAUUGUCAAAAGGCGCUCGUGCAUCGGAAUUGACAUCUGAUGGGCAGAAUGCUGUCAGCAUCUGCCGAAGGUUGACAAGGCCUAAGGAUUAUCAUGCUAAAAUAGAGCAGUGCCAGGAAGCAAACAAGGACAGGCUGUGCAUAGACGUACUGGAGAGGGAAAUUUUGAGGAAUCCAUUGGCAGGAGAUGCUUCUGUUUCGUCUCCUAUUGUAUCUGAUGAUCUACACAUGAAGCUGUUGUAUCUGGAAAACAGAGUUGCAUUUGCAAGACUGUUCUUCCCAACUGAGGCUAAAUUAGCUAUGGAUAUUGCUCAUGCUGAGAUGACAGCUGAGUUUGCUGGUCUUUCUGCAAGAAAAGGUUCAAGUGGAAAUCUGAGGGAGGUUGAUUUGAAUGAGACCCCCAUAGUUCAAAACAAAAGACUGCGAUCUCGAAUGGAAGCCCUCCAAAGAACAGUGGAAAUGGGUCGGCGCUACUUUCCUAAUUGCUCUGAGGUUCUUGAUAAGUUUAUGGAGGAUGAUCUGCCUGACCUGUGUUACCUCGAGAAGGGCACGCCCGACGAGCAGAGGUUAAAGACGAGAAGGUUCAUGGAACUCAAGGAUGAUGUCCAGAAGGCCUUCUCUAAGGACAAGGCGGAGAUGAGCCUGUCAGGGCUCUCAUCUUCGUCGUCCUCAUCAUCCUUAAAAUACAAUAACAAAAUUAGAAGAUCGUGAAGACGUACAUGAACCAAUAUGGAAUAAACCAACCUAUUGAAGGGCAACUGGUUUUUUUUUCUUUUAGGUAAGGAAGCGAAAAUUUUGGCUUCUGUCCUCAUUUUGUUGAGCUGACAAAGAUAUAUAUUCAGACGUUCAUAGGAUGUUUUGGUAGUGAUCUGAGAUGUUUUUGUCUUUUUUUUGAGGUCUCCACUUGUUCAUGUUACCUAACAAAGAGCUUUGAAUUGCAUCAUGUACAGUUAUGCAUUAUUUUGCAAUCAGUCUGUUCUGCAAAUGUUAUGUACAGGUAUAAUUAUUUUCAA